ACGAUUCGCCUCUGUCGCUCCACCUCGCCUCGGGACUCGCCAGUCGCUCGCGACUCUGUCUCAGGCUCGGUUGUUCGUUCACCAGCCUCCUCGUCGGCGACCUUCUCUUCGACUUUUUCCUACACUGUGAGACAGCCAGCGGCCGGAAGAAAGAGAGAGAAGGAGAGAGAGAGAGAGAAAGAGAUCGUCUAUCGACCAGCGGAGGCAAUCGCGAUCACGUCCCGCGUAAAUCGCAACACGGUCUUCCUUGGUCGGGGUCCUCGCCGUGGAGAUCACCCACUGGGAACCCACCGUCGGAGUUGUCGACGCCCCGGAGCCGCGAGUGCGGCUUUACGGGCGCGGAUGGUGAUCUCCGUGAUCCAGCGGAAACAGUGAGAUCGGGCGAUUGGAAUAAAACAAUGAGUUCCCGCCAGUUCCGUUAAUUCGACCGCGAUUGUGAAUUACUGUGGCUAUUUUGAGCGUCGUCGCGCGGUGCUCUUGAUGAAUGUGGUGCGCUAGGAAAGUUUAAAUCCGUCGCGUCCCGAUAUCCCAGGUGAAUCCCUCGAUCAUGUAUCCGGGACAGGACCUCUUCUGCAGGACUACGGAAAUGCGAGUGUCCGCGACGAUCGUCCUGCUGCUAUUCAGCUCCGUCGUUCUACGUGGAGUCGAAGGGAACGGCAAACUGUGGCUGAGUAGCGAGAAACACGCCGAACUGGGCACGGAGGUUUUGCUACCCUGCGUCCUGAAAUCGCCGCAAUGCGAGGGUCUACACAGCAUCAAGUGGUACCGCGGCCCUACGCGGAUUUUCGUUUUCAGCGAGGAGAAGGGAAUUGCACGCGGCACCGGCGACAUCGCCGUCAGGGCUGACAUAGAAUAUUCGACGAAUUCGUCGAAAACGUAUCUGAAGAUACCCGACGUCAAGCUGAAGGACGAGGGCCUCUACAAGUGCGAAGCCACGUACAUGGCGGUCAACCGCGAGUGCAACAACGUGCAACACAUUAUCCUCAACGUUACAGUGCAACCGGCGUACAUACGUGUCAUCGAUGAAAAUUCAAAGAACACUCUGAGCACCGGUGCUACUUUAGGACCUAUAAACGAGGGUUCGACGAUAUCCUUGUAUUGCGAGAGCGGUGAAGGCAAACCUAUACCCACGGUCGAGUGGUUUAAAGGUGACCAACUACUCGAAGCGACGAGUUCGUCGACCAUCGCUGAUACUGGGAUAGGCACUAACAGUAGUUUGCUAGAGAUGCAAAUUACACGGAAAGAGUUAGGUGCAACGUUCACGUGUAAAGUCAACAAUAUUGCUCUCGUGGAACCACUCACAGUUGAUAUUAAACCAGACGUACAUGUACGCCCGCUGAAGAUGGACUUAGACGGAGUGGUUGGGCAUGUCGUGCAGGGCACCAAGAUCUUAUUGCAGUGCACGGUACGUGCAGCUCGGCCCCCCGCCAACGUGACCUGGCAAAACGGAACGCAAUUCUUGAGCAAAAACAACGAAAGACUCGAGAUGUUUAGGACGAAAGUACACGAAAACGAGGACGGUACUUCAGAGACGACAAGUUAUCUCGCUUUCACAGCGUCAGUAUACGACAACGGCAAAACAUUCAAAUGUUACGCCGAGAAUUCGGUAACCCGUACCGAAGAUCUGAAACCAAUGAAGGAAACGACCACGAUCGAGGUGUUAUAUCCGCCGAUAGUUAAAAUGAAGCCAGGCAACUUAACGGUUAACGAAACAGACGAUUUUUUAAUAUUCUGCGACUACGAGGCAAAUCCGGCUUCGCUGAUAAAAGUAACAUGGUUACGAGACGACGAAGAAUUAGUAUUAAACGACGACCAUUACGACGGCGGAAUCACAGAACAAACAACACUCACAGUGAAAAACGCGACUCCUAGCGACAUGGGUUCUUACAAAUGCAUCCUGGAAAACAACGCCGGCUCAACCGUUUCCGAGGACGUCGUGGAAGUUUCGGUCUUUUACAAACCAGUAGUGGAGGUAAUAAUGGAUCCGGAAACACCUGUGAACGAGGCGGAUCGUCUGAACGUUUCGUUAACGUGCGACGUCGAUUCCGGCAAUCCGGCGACGCUGACAGCCGUCCGUUGGUAUUUGGACGGUGAUCUAUUGAAAGAACUUCCGGACUGCGCGAGAAACAGCACUGCCAUGACAACGACCACCGAGGAAUCGUUGACAUUCUGCGACAUCGACCCUAGCAAGCUACUGUUGGAGGCCGUCGGCCGUUCCUUUCACGGCAACUACUCCUGCGAGGGGAGGAACGAGGCCGGCUGGGGACCAAUCUCUCCGAGCACGCCUGUCGUAGUUUAUUAUAAGCCCGGCCCGGCAUCGAUAUCGUACGAACCUCAGCAAGUAGUGAAGAAACAGCCAUUAUCCAUCACUUGCUUCGUUUUGGAUCCCGGACGACCGAAGGUGUCGGGCUUCAAGUGGCUGCGCGGCUGGCACCGACUUCCAGACGAGAACGACGCCACCCUCGUCAUCGAGUCGGUUAAUUUGGAAACCGAGGCGAAUUUCACAUGCCUGGCUUAUAACGAAGCCGGCGACGGCGACCCAGCCACAACGUUUAUCGACGUAUCUGCGGCCCCGACAUUCAUUAAGAAGCUGCACUCGUAUCGCGGUUUUGCCUACAAUUGGCCUAACGUGAGCAUCAUGUGUUGGGUCGAGUGCGCCCCGAUCUGCAAUAUUUCCUGGCUGAGAGAUGACAUUCCCAUGGACUUCUCGAAAACGAAUCGGUACUACGUGUCGAACGUUUAUCAUCCGCCUGAUCCAAGGACCAACGACUUCGAGAGCAUCCAAUCGACUCUCGUAUGGAAUCUGACGGUCUGGCCAAACGGUCAUCUCGACCGUGCCGAGGAUAACGUCAAAUUCACCUGCAAAAGCAGCAGCAACGGGAUUGGCCCGGGUGUAGAGAGCAGCACUCACUUUCACGUCGAGUUCCCGCCGGAGAAUAUCACAAUCUCGAAGAAGAUAAUCAACGUGACAGUGGACACUAUGCCAGAGACAGUCGCAUGCGAUGCGAAAGCACGACCGAAACCGAACUUUCGGUGGUUCCGCGAAGGAUCUAACGACACCAUCGUGGAGGGCCACGUACUUGACUUGAAGAUGCCAGUACCCCGCCGUAGUAACGGUACUUACUACUGCGAGGCGUCGAAUCGUCACGGUAUCCUGAAUAUCUCGAUGGUCAUGAAUGUGCAAUUUAAACCAGAAUGCCACAUUGAGAAAGAACGAUUCGAGGGAAAGGAUUACGUAGUCUGCUCGGCCAUCGCCAAUCCGAAGGAGACGGGAUUCGUUUGGUCCUUAAAGAACGACAACGACACGCUGGAGCAGGUCGCCGAAAUGCGAAACGGACGAAGCUACAUGCUACUCGACACCUCGGUCACUAAUUCUCGGACGUACGUGUGCGUCGCGAAUAACACGAUCGGCCAAUCUACGCCUUGUGAACGGGACGUAGCAGCUCACCAUGGACAUAAAAGCUAUAUACCCUGGUGGCAUCAGUUGAGGGGUAAUCUGCUCCUGAUUAUUAUCAUUGUAGCGGUGGUCAUCAUACUGGUGCUAAUACUAAUUUGCGUGGCCAUAUUCAUCGUGUGUCGACGGAAACGCAACCAAGUGAAAUACAGUAAUCGGGUGGUCGAGCUGGAGGAACGCGAGCAUCCAGACGGUGGACCACCCAGUCCGACGGUAUCCUCGCACUCGGUGCAAAGCCCGGUGCAUCCGACGCCCGCGCCGAGGUGGCCCUUGAAGCCGGGCGUGCUGGUGCACAUCAAUCGGACCCACAGCCUACGAUCCGGCCUGAGCGUUCGCGCAAACGAGGGUCUGCGUAACGAGCUAAUGGCCAAACAUAACGACGAGCCACUGAGGCAGAGGUUCCUCGACGAGACUUCGUUGUCGUCAAUCGGACGGAACCCAGCGCGCGUAUUUCGUCGCAGGAAAGAACACGCAACGCAACGAGCCACGAGCAUUACCGGUCUGCACGAGGAGAGUAUGCUCGCUCGGGCCAACAAAAUAAAAGCCAUGUUUGGCGUACAGCUCAAAGAGCAGGCCACUCUGCCCGGUAUAUCUAGAGAAAAGACAGCCGUGACUUAUAAGAGAAUCGUGCCGCGUCAGCAGAUAUUGCACACCGUGGAAUCAUCUCGCGAGCUGCAUCACGGCAAUGUGUCUCGUAAGCGAAAACGUCCCGGAGCAGAUCCCAAUCAAGCUGCGAAUAACAAUCAUGUGAACAGCGUGUCGGAAGGUCUUCCCGAGUCCGGGACAAAGACGUUCUACGAGAAUUUACCCUUCCACGGGAUCCAAGCGCCACCUAACAAGUUGGUUACUCCUAAGUUUGCCCAAGUUUCGGCUUUGCAUGGCACGUUGCAUCAUUCCGUCACGACCUCGCCGUGUUCCUCGCGGCCACCCAGCAGAGCUAUCAGUCUCUGCGACGGCAGUUCCGGCUACGAAUCGACUAGGAGUCACCUAGGACCCCACUACAACAUCUAUAACGUGCCCAGGAGCAAUUCGCCGGUGCUGAAGUACAACACCCUGAAGCCGCGACGGCGCAAGCAAAAACACUCGCAGCAAUUCUACUCGUUACGGCUGUGCCGUCGGCACGAAAACAUCCGCAGGAAGUACGAGCUGUACGCGAUACCGAUCUAUAAGACGUGUCCGCAUAAGAGCGACAGCACUACCACGAUCGCGACGAUCGUCAGAUCGAUGGAGGACGCGCCGUCGUUGACCCUGAGCCAGUCGGCGUCGGUGAGCCUCACCAGAUCGGCGCCGGCGACGCCGAUACCGUCACCGACGCCGCCGAUACCAGCGCCGAGGACGCCUAGAAAAACCGACCCGUCCAAACACACCUACCAAAACGUCCCUCCCCCCGUUUUUCCGCCGAAAGACGCUUCGUUGCCUAAGCUUAAGACCGACAGCCUAUACAACUACAAAGAACACUACCAGCAGCAGCAUCGGCAGGAGAUACAGCAGUACAGCUACCCCUUACCGAGCAACAGUUCGAACCAACUAACACUGCCACUAACGCGCAGCCUCUACCAUUCCUCGAUAGUUAGUCCCCUGCAGACCUCUUUCGCCCACACUAACAACAGCCGGCCGUCCACCCUGAUGCACCACGAGGCCAGCGAGAACCACCUGCCCGCGGUGCAUCGGGAUGAGGAGCAGCAACAGCCGAGUUACGGCAAUCACGACGCGAGACAGUCGUCACGUCGGCACACGACGAAUCGUCGUAACGAACGUAACCGGAAGUACCGGAAGCACGAACGAACGUCCGGCGAUCGCAAGUCGAAGUCGAGCCGAAGAGGGGACGCGCGACGUACCGACGCCUUCGUCGGCUCGCCCGCCUGUGAAACCAGUUUCCACCAGAUCCCGGAUCUGGGUGUGCCGGAAACGUACGAGAUUUCGUAUCCGCACUACUACGAAGACGACAUCGCGGAGUGUCCAACCGACUAUCACAGACCGAACUCGGCGGCGCGUCAACAACAGCAGCAGCAGCAGCAGCAGCAACAGCUGCAGCAGCCACUGCAGCAGCCACCGCCGCAGCAGCAGCCGCAACAGCAGCAGCAGCAGUCGUGGGAGCGCCAGUCGAAUCGCUGCAUCUGCAACAACACGCAAUCGACGGACGCGGGCGACGCGAAAAAUCGCAACAAAACGUCGAAGAGGCUCUCGACAGGUCUCGCCGACGCCCGAUCGCCGUCCGCGCCCACGAUAAUGCAGUACGCGGAGCUUCACUUCCGGGAUGUCGGUCAGGAGAUCGAUGUCUAAAGCCCUUCAAGCCGGAAUUCUCGGAUCUCGAUUACGCGGACGUGGACUACAAAUCGUACGGGCCGAUUAAUUAUAAAGCCGCUAGUAUCGCGCUUCUGCAAAAGCCGCAACAACAACAGGUUCAGCAGCAGCAGCAACAGCAG